UUGGAGGGGGUGUAUGAAGACAGAGACAGCACCCACACACUCGUACACCGCGAAAACUUUCUUCACGGGACAAAGUCUUACACCUCGUCAGAGCUAAGAAAUGUUUCUGUCAGAGUCUGAGGAUGAGUUAGAACAGCUCCAAUCGGAUUUAGACUCUGAGAGCGAGUGCAGUCGUUGCAGUUUGGACGAGGACUACAUACCGAGGGGGCUGGCCCGAGGAUCGGAUCAGGAAGAUUUCUCUGAUGAAGACAGUUCAGAUGAGGAGUGGAAUAGUAGACCUGCAAAGAGAAGAACUGUCGGGAAACGCUCUUGUUCUGCUUCUCCAGUUUCAUCGCCCCUGAAAUCCCCAUCUAAGCAGUGGGAACGGAGCCCCCUCAGAAAGAAGAUCAACUGUGCAUCUACACCCAAAAAAGGCACUUCCUCUCCCAGUACCGGCAAGAUAUCAAACACUCCACGCAGGGAAAAUCAAAGUGGAAAGAGGCAAGCAGAAAGCCGGCUUCUGAGAAACGACGAGGAUGAAGCCGGUGAUGGAGAGCGGUGGUGUAACAUCGAUGAGGAAGAUGUCGAGCCUCCUCAGCCACGGUUCAGACCUGAGAGGGAGGUGGGGCCGCAGCUGAACAGAACUGCCAAUUACACGCCACUCGAGCUGUUCCAGCUGUUCUUCUCUGUGACAGUAAUCGAUACGUUGGUAAAAAACACCAAUGCCUACGGGGAAAAGAAAAACCAAGGCCAGAAAAAAAGCUGGGUGCCUGUCACAACAGCAGAUAUGUACACCUUCAUCUCCCUUGUCCUCUACAUGGGUAUCGCACCGCUAAAGACUCUGAAAGACUUCUGGAGAACAUCUAAGCUAUACAGCCUGCCAUUUCCCGCCUCCGUCAUGCCCUGCAGACGCUUCCUCACUAUCUCUCGCAGUCUCCACAUGAAUGAUCCUGCAGUUGAAGCAGCCAAUGACCAGAAAAAGGGGACGCCAGGGUAUGAUAGACUUUGCAAGAUAAAGCCACUAUAUGGGCAGAUUAUGGAGGCCUGCUACACCUUCUUUCAUCCCCACCAGCAUAUCUGCAUAGAUGAGCGGAUGGUGGCGACUAAAGCAAGGAUCGGGUUGAAGCAGUACAUUAAAAACAAGCCGACUAAAUGGGGCUUUAAGCUUUUUGUUUUAGCAGACUCCUCGUGUGGCUACACCCUGAACUUUUUUGUGCACGGGGGAAGAGACUGUGAACCCACAGGGAAGGGGGUCAGCUAUGAUGCUGUCAUGAGACUACUCAACAUCCCCUUUCUGGGCAAAGGAUACAAGCUCUAUGUGGACAACUUUUACACCAGUCCAGGUCUUUUCCUUGACCUCCUGAAGAGAAAAAUCUGGGCAUGCGGCACUGUCCGCUCUAAUGUAGGCGGUUAUCCCAGAACAAAAAGGAAUGACAUGUCUCCAAAAACACCAAGAGGAACUAUCCGGUGGAUCAGAAAAGGAGGGUUGCUGUUUGUGAAGUGGUUAGACACAAGGGAGGUAACAAUGUGCUCCACUUUACACAAAGCCUACAGCAAUGACAUGGCAGUGCGCAAAGUUAAAGACGCAGAUGGACGGUGGACGGUGAAGGAGGUGCCUGUUCCAGGCUCCAUCAAAGAUUACAACCAGCACAUGGGAGGUGUCGACUUGUCAGAUGCACUCAUUAGCUACUACAAUGUCCUGCAUAAAACCCAGAAGUGGUACAAGACUCUGUUCUAUCAUUUUGUGGACAUAGCCACUGUGAACGCAUUCAUCUUGCACAAAGGAAUGUGCAAACUGCAGAGUAGGCCGAUGUUAACACAGAAAAACUUCAGGGAACAACUGAUUGUGUCCCUAGCUGAAAUUGGGUCUACCCCAAACCGGUCAGCUCCACAAAACUAUAUGUUGCCAGCCACUCAUUUCAAAGUGCCUUCUGCCUCCCCAUCCAAAGUGCCUACAGUCCCGCCUGCCUCCCAGACACCCCCCUCCCUGUCCACAGCGCCAUCUCCUUCUCAGUCCACUGAGGUGCCGCCUGCUGCAGCCUCUGAUGCUCCAGGUUUAGGUCACCUGCCAGCUUACUUUGUAGAACAAAUGACCAACGUGGCCCCCAGAGAUCGGGCUACUCUCGGCAGAAGGGCAUGUGUGGUGUGCAAAAGAAAAUCGCCAGUCUAUUGCAGCACUUGUCAAAAAACACUUUGUUUUAAUUCUUUAAGGAAUUGUUACAGUGAGUGGCAUAGAGGCAAUAACAUCUGCAUCUGAGUGACGACACUUAAACGGAUACGUCGCCAAUUUUCAACCAGCUUUGUGUCGUAACAAUGAGGGCAGUAUGUGUUGAUGAACGGUGGUAAACUUCCCUUCAUCUUACUAGCGGCCACAUCUUCCUGCUCAUAUCUCAGUGAAAAUACGCUUGAUGACAUCAUAUAACGGAUUUUCACUCUAGGGCUGUUACUCAAACUAGACAUUGUGCUUCUGCAUUUUUGUUUGCCCACCACCACGGACAGAGAGAAUACAGAGAGUAUAGAAGUAGCACAAGAGAGGACUCCCGCACCCCAAAGCUCAGACCAAACUGUAAAACUAGGCAGCGCUGAUCAAAAAUUAACCAAGACUCUGUUACUAUAUUGCUUAUUUCCUGCCUAAAAUGUCCUCAGAAACAUAUUUUAGUGCACAGUUUGGCUGUAAUACAAGAAUUUGUGAACAGGAAGUGGGCCCAAUACUGUGCCAUUUCCUGUGUUGUGGAAACUGAGAUCAAACGUGUUACUGCGUUGCGUAUUUCUCGCCUCAAAUGUUCUCACAAACAUUUUUAGCUUAUCGUUUAACUCUAAUUUGAGAUCAUUUGCUUCCAGCUGGCUGCCAUAUUGUCUCCUGUGGAAAAAAGGCCAAGCUUGCAUAAUGUCACCCACCAACAGAGUGUUAAUGGGUCUGGUGUGGCCACAGCCCCUCUGUUUUCUCUUUUUAUGUAGCACCAAUGUCAGAAAUAUGUGCAUCUUUCUACUGCAUAGACAGCCCAGUGUUAAUGGAAAGACCAUUGAAGCACUGAAGUACGUCUUUAACUUGUAUAUAGUCUGUAUAAAUGGCCUAUAAAUUGGUGAUUUGCCCGUCAUGAACAUGUGCCUUUCAUCACCACGUCGACUACUUUUUGGUUCCUUUGCCAAAGUCUCCUGUACCUAUGGUGUUACCUCAUACGUGUUUUACUUCCAGAUUACACAGAGUACUUAACAAGCCUAAAUAAAUGGUCUCUAAAUAGUAUGCAGUAUCUUAAAAUAACUGAAAUAGAAUAGAUAAUAACCUUAAAAACCUGUGGUUAGUGAACUAGAAGAGAAUUUAAAUUAAUGGAUGAAUCUACCCAUUAUCUUGAUUGGCAGAGUGAACUGUUAAAAUGAAAAUAUUCCCAAGGCUUCAGUGUCCAGUCAUUACCCAUUCAAAUGCCUCAAAAUGUCUCUAAAACUCUUAAUAAAAAGCAGAGGCUUUAUAUGGAAUUGUAAAGUGUAUUACAAAGCAGGGAGCAGCAUGUUACUGCCUGGAUUAAUUAUACUGAGAGACCGGCGGCAGUUUUGCUGUGGUAAAUCAGAAGGGGAGUUGUAACAAUCUUCAGUGGCAGGUGCUGUGGUCGUGACUGUUGCAGGUCUGAGAGGGCGCUGUGAGCUGGUCUUUGACGAACCAGCUCCGAAAAUGAUCACGUGGAAGAGUUUCGUCAACCUCUCCUGGCCUCUGAUUGGACUUUUUAGAAGGAGGCGUGAUAAUAUUAUUCACAAAUAACAUCCUAAAACCCGAUCUAUGAGGACAAUUACACUACACGUUAAUAAAUUCAGUCAAAUAUAUGAAGUCCGUGAGAAUCUUGAACUGAAAACUGCAAAUGGUUAAAUAUAAACCAACCUCCACUGGGAAGUUUGCUGUGAAAAUGGAUACUUCAUGUAAUCCUCUUUUGUUAUCUGCAGCUAAGAUCCUUCUAACAACAACCCUGGAACCUGAAAUUACCUCACCAGUGUUAAACCGAUGUGGUGAUGCUGCUGCAUGCGGGAAAUGCAUAUCGAUUUAUUUCAAGAACAUACCCUUCGUAAAUGAAUGGGGGUUUUGUACUGUAAUUUGAAGGAGAAACAAGAAACGUACUUGACUAUAAUAACUGAUGUUUUCUUACUGUUUUAUUAACUACUACUGAGUGUAUUUACACGUGCACUAGUCUAACCACUUUAAGUUUUAUCCUUGUGUAUUUGGAAUAUGAUGUUAUUAACAUUAGACUAACUAGAUUCAGCUCCAUUGAAUGUGGUGAAUGUGUGGUUGGUGCAGGCAUGUCUUUGUCUCUUCAGCAUCUCAGCUAAUCUUUGACAUUUCUAGUUACUGGACGUCAGCAGUUUGGUUUCUGGUUCGUUUAACAACAGCUUCCAUAACUUGAUUUCCAACAGCCACAAUAAUGUGACUCAGAUUGAGGAUGCUCCAGCACAGAUUGCAGGCAGUGAUUAGAAACUGGAUUUAAGUGUUUUAAUGCCACAGUACCUAAGUUCUCCUUCUGAGGGGUGUAUCACGAAGCAAGAUUAGUGGCCAAGCAAGGUGUGUUGAGCCUAGAGUCAGAGUUUUGCGUCCUAUGAAGGUGACUCUCUUUUAACCUGGCUAGAUCGCCAUGGUAACUUAUGCAGCAGACCUAACAUUGGCCGUCUAGAUGAAUGGUACAAAGCUGGUUAUCAACUAGUUCAGCCAACUCUGGGUUUUCCUAUCCAGCCACGCGCAGGUUCAUGGGUGUUUAUUACAAGUGACAUCAUCAGAGCCAUGAAUGAAGCAGGCUACUUCAUACAAUACGAGAUGAAGCGGUACCCAAAGUGUCUGGCACGCCGAGACAGUAAGAUGUCAGUGCCGUGGGAGGUAAACAGUACUCUGUAAUCCUAUAACGGAAAAUGUACAAACAUUGAAAGCACUAUCCAAAAAUUCAUCGUCGGCUGAGACUCACAUUACGUGUAGGUAUCACUAGGCUAUAUGUGACAUUAGUGUAGAAUAUUUUUUGCUGUUCAGUUGGAUGUAUGUCAGAUAAAACACUUUAAAGUGAUGCCAGACUGUUCCUGGUACUGAAGUAAAGAGUAGAAAAGUAGCCCAGUUAAUGACUGAUGAGGUCCUUCUGACCGAAAUGUUGCAUUUAUAAUAUAUGUCUUUUCUUAGUUGUCAUCACAGAGGUGUCUCAGGUUAUUUUGAGGUGCAGCGAUGGAAUCAGAGUGUGAAAUCAGCAGGCUAAAAUAAACUUUACAUGAGUUAAACUAGUGCUAAAAUCAUGUGUUUAGUGUGUAAACGGAUUCAAUACACAGGUUACUCUUUUUCUACUUGAGUCUCUGGACUUUUGACCAUGGAUACUUUUUUUUUUCUUCAGUGAUCUGAUUGGUCAGAGAUCAGGGUGUUGACAUAUAACCUACUCCGGAGCAGGUUAACUGUUCAGCACAAGUUACCAUGAUGAUUCUGGUAAAAAGAGAACCAGCUUCAUAGUGCUGAAAACUCAUGAAGUUAACUCGCUAACUCCAAAUCCUGCUUCGUAGUACAGGCCUCUGGUCAGGAGCAGCUUAUGUUCUGUGUUUCGGCUAAAAAGCGCCCUUCAUUGCUCCUUUGAGUAGCGCCACACUACAGUCAAUAUUCCAUAUAUGAGCAAUACAAAUUGUCAGCUGAAGGAAGACGUUAUAAAUGCACUUUAUCCAAACUUGUUGAGCUGUAACCAUUAAAACAGAAAGACAGUCAUUCUAUUUCUAUGAUGCUAAUGUUACAUACACGCCCCUGAACAAAGGCGUGCAAUUACAGUAGGCUAGUGCUUACUGUGUGCAUUAUGUUAUAUAUAUAUAUUUUUUGCACAGGAAUCUACAGUACGUCACUAAUGUAGAAAGUCUGAGUUAGAAUAUUGUUUUAUGUUAUUUGCAAGGUUGUUGUUGCUCUCACUGCUGAAUAUGUUUGUAUUCUCUGGUCCGUUUGCUCACACUGGUUCUGAAAGAUGCCUUUUGCCAGGUAGCAUACAGUUCAUUAUAUUAUUAACCAGGAUGAUGUUUGUAUGUUUAUAUGCAUAUGAAAUGUGAUGUAAUUCCUGCAAACCACCAUAAAGUCACCACUUUGGGUUAGGUUUUACACUUGAUCCUGAUUUGCUGAAGUCUGUUUUAUACUGCUGGCAGCUGAUAUUACAGCUGAUAGAAAACAGAUUAGAAAAUUGAGUAGUCUGUUGAUAUUAAAUAACUAAUUGUUCAAUCGGUAAAAUUAAUUUUAAUUUGAUUUGCCUCAAAACUUACGGGAUUUCCCGUCUCCUUCGUCAUGGGGCCGUAAAUGCAGUUUUUGAGUUUAAAUCUGUUGCUUCAAGUUUGACAUCUGUAGAGUGUGCAGCUGUUAGAAAUAGUGUGAAUAAACAUUCACCUAUGAGUUCACAUAUUAAUGCAAGUGCUCCUCUCUUGCCUUUAAUGAAGCAUCAGUGUUGACUGUCAUACUUUUUAAUAUCCUUUAAAGGCAGACAUCGGCAGUACACGAUCGAUCAAUUUUAAGAGUCAAAUGACGAGCUGAACACUGGGUUAACAGAGUGAGUGGUUAACUACCUCUAUAAUAUCUGACUGAGGCCUGAGGGUUUCUAGAGCCAGCUCAGGCAAAGAGAGCCGGACUCUGCUGAGCUGGCUUCGUGGCACAGCCCUCUGGUUUGGUACUUGAAUAAAACCAGGAUGUUUAAACGCACACACGGCAUUAAAACUAGCAUUACUGUGCAUACAAACACCCUGAUUCAUUACAGGUUACCUCACUGACUCAACCUCACAUCAACACAAACUUGAAUGAUUGGAAAUGUUUUAGAUGUUGCAUUUGGCCUUCGUCCACACUGGAUGCAGACUUUACAAAUGUUUGUGCAUAUUCAAGGAAUGUUUUACAUCUAUAAUAGAUUUUUGUAUGACAGAAUGAAAAGCAGUGACCUCAAAGAUUCAUUCUACCGUCCUCGUUGCAACAAUUGCAUCAUUUCAUACUGGAUUAUCUUGAAUUGUUACGGACCUUAGUGCAUCUGAUUAACUUCAGUACCUCUCCAACUCUUCAAAGGUUAUUUCAUAGGGUCUUUUCUGCUGUUGCCUUUUGUUUUUUUUACACACUAUUUUGGAUGUUGUAUGUAUUUGUAUGUUGGUUGGAGCAGGGAUUUUGCAGUGUUCUGUAAAAAUUAAACACAUUUUUAAAAAGA